GUGAGCUGUGCCCUAGCUACUAGUGCAGGUGCUUGGUGCAUGUCAGGAGAGAGGGAGAGGGGGCUGCAAUAGGAAAGGAGGGAUGGGGAGAGUGGAGGGAAGGCAGCAAGAUCCAGGGAUGAGGGCAUGAAAAGGGCACCAGGAGGAUCCUUUGCACCAGCCAGGGGCUCUGCAAUGAAUGGUCUCCAGCAAGAAGGGCACUUUUGAGAUAGGAUGAUGCUCCUUAUUGAUGGUCGGUAGUACUAUGAUUUGGUAUGUGGCCACUUUGAUAGCAAGUGUAAUCACCACCAGAGGACUUGCAGCUCAAGGUGUCUACGGCUCAAGGGAGGAACCCGAGUUUGUGACAGCUCGUGCUGGUGAGAGCGUGAUCCUGGGAUGCGACGUGAUCCAUCCGCUGACCGGGCAGCCCCCUCCCUAUGUGGUCGAGUGGUUCAAAUUCGGAGUCCCCAUUCCCAUCUUCAUCAAGUUUGGGUUUUACCCUCCCCACGUGGACCCAGGGUAUGCAGGCCGCGCCAGCCUUCAUGACAAGGCAUCCCUGCGCAUCGAGCAGAUUCGCUCUGAGGACCAGGGCUGGUACGAGUGCAAAGUGCUUAUGUUGGAUCAGCAGUACGACACCUUCCACAACGGCAGCUGGGUGCACCUCACGGUCAAUGCUCCCCCCACCUUCACGGAAACGCCCCCCCAGUACAUAGAAGCGAAGGAGGGCAGCAGCGUCACCCUGACCUGCAUGGCUUUCGGGAACCCCAAACCUAUUGUCACCUGGCUGAGAGAAGGGGACCUCGUAGGUGCCAGUGGGAAAUACCAGGUGAGCGAUGGGAGUCUGACUGUCGUGUCGGUCAGUCGGGAAGACAGAGGCGCUUACACCUGCCGGGCUUACAGCAUCCAAGGGGAGGCUGUGCACACCACUCGCCUGCUCGUACAAGGACCCCCCUUCAUCGUUUCCCCUCCAGAGAACAUCACCGUCAACAUCUCCCAGGAUGCCCUGUUCACCUGCCAGGCCGAGGCGUAUCCGGGGAACAUGACCUACACCUGGUACUGGGAGGAGGAGAAUGUCUACUUCAAGAAUGACCUGAAACUGAGGGUCCGGAUCCUGAUUGACGGGACGCUGAUCAUCUUCCGUGUCAAAUCAGACGAUGCUGGGAAAUACACUUGCAUUCCUAGCAACAGCCUUGGCCGCUCACCGUCAGCCUCUGCCUACCUGACAGUGCAGUAUCCCGCCCGUGUGGUGAACAUGCCACCCAUCCUAUAUGUUCCCAUUGGGAUACAUGGCUACAUCCGCUGUCCGGUGGAGGCAGAACCGCCGGUCACCUUCGUCAAGUGGAACAAAGAUGGACGCCCCCUGCGAGUCGAAAAGUAUUCUGGCUGGAACCUGCUGGAAGACGGGUCAAUCCGAAUAGAGGAGGUAACAGAGGAAGCUCUCGGCACUUAUACCUGUGUGCCUUAUAACGCCCUGGGUACGAUGGGCCAGUCCCCCCCUGCCCGACUGGUACUGAAGGACCCACCCUAUUUCACGGUGCUACCAGGCUGGGAGUACAGACAAGAGGCAGGGAGGGAGCUGUUGAUCCCUUGUGCUGCUGCAGGAGACCCCUUUCCUGUCAUCGCCUGGAGAAAGGUAGGGAAGCCCAGUAGAAGCAAGCACAACACCCUUCCAGGUGGCAGCCUGCAGUUCCGAUCCCUCAGCAAGGACGACCAUGGGGAGUGGGAGUGCAUCGCUACCAAUGUGGUCACAAGCAUUACUGCCAGCACUCACCUUACAGUCAUAGGCACAAGCCCUCAUGCCCCGGGUAGUGUGCAUGUGAUGGUCUCCAUGACCUCUGCCAACGUCUCCUGGGAGCCUGGCUAUGACGGUGGAUACGAGCAGACAUUCUCAGUUUGGUACGGCCCUCUGAUGAAGAGAGCACAGUUCGGACCCCAUGACUGGCUGUCUCUUCCGGUACCAACUGGUCCUAGUUGGUUGCUGGUGGACACCCUGGAACCAGAGACUGCCUACCAGUUCAGUGUCUUGGCUCAAAACAAACUGGGUACGAGCGCCUUCAGUGAGGUGGUCACUGUGAACACGCUAGCAUUCCCUGUAACAACUCCAGAACCACUGGUGCUGGUUACCCCACCGAGAUGCCUAACCGCCAAUCGGACGCAGCAAGGAGUCCUGUUGUCGUGGCUUCCUCCAGCCAAUCACAGCUUUCCAAUUGACCAUUACAUCAUGGAGUUCCGCAUAGGGGAGAGGUGGGAGAUAUUGGACGAUGCCAUCUUGGGGAGUGACAAUGACUUUUUUGCCAAGGAUUUGUCUCAGGACACCUGGUAUGAGUUCCGAGUUCUGGCUGUCAUGCAGGACCUCAUCAGUGAGCCUAGUAACAUUGCAGGUGUCUCCAGUACAGACAUAUUCCCCCCGCCUGACCUGACGGACGAUGGUUUGGCCCGACCUGUGCUGGCGGGCAUUGUUGCCACCAUCUGCUUUCUGGCUGCUGCCAUCCUCUUCAGCACGCUAACUGCCUGCUUUGUCAACAAACAACGCAAACGCAAGCUCAAGCGCAAGAAAGACCCUCCUCUCUCGAUAACCCACUGCAGGAAGAGUCUGGAGUCUCCGUUGUCUUCCGGUAAAGUGAGUCCCGAGAGCAUCCGCACCCUCCGUCCCCCCUCGGAGUCCUCUGAUGACCAAGGCCAGCAGGGCAAGCGUAUGCUGAGCCCCAGCAAGGAAAAGGAGUUGUCCCUUUACAAGAAGACCAAGAGGGCCAUUAGCAGCAAGAAGUACAGUGUCUCCAAGGCUGAGGCUGAAGCCGAGGCUACUACCCCCAUUGAGCUCAUCAGCCGUGGGCCCGAUGGACGCUUUGUCAUGGACCCCUCAGAGAUGGAGCCCUCACUCAAGACCCGCCGGAUAGAGGGCUUCCCCUUUGUGGAGGAGACAGACAUGUACCCUGAGUUUCGCCAGUCAGACGAAGAGAAUGACGACCCCAUUGUGCCCUCAUCUGUGGCAGCCCUCAAAUCUCAGCUGACCCCUCUCUCUUCCAGCCAGGAAUCCUACCUUCAGCCACCAGCAUACAGCCCCAGAUUCCACAGGGGCUUGGAGGGCACAGGUGCUCUGGAGAGCCACCUGCAGGCCACUGGUCAGGCCAGACCGCCAGCCCCGAGGCCUUUCCACCACAGCCAAUUUUACGGUUACCUCAGCAGCAGCAGUCCUGGGGAAAUGGACCCUCCGCCCUUCUACAUGCCAGAGGUCAGCCCUCUCAGUUCUGUCAUGUCCUCCCCUCCUCUGCACCCCGAGGGCCCCUUUGGACACCCCACCAUCCCUGAGGAGAAUGGAGAAAAUACUUCCAACAGCACGUUGCCCCUGACUCAGACGCCAACAGGGGGCCGGUCUCCUGAGCCAUGGGGCAGGACUGAGUUCCCUUUCAGCAGCCUAGAGGCUUCUCCCAUGAUAUUCCCUCAACAGCUCCACCAGUGCGAGGUGGCAGAGUGUGUGCAGCUGACGGCCUGUCUUCCUAGGGGCCUGCCCCCUUCCUCCCUCCAGGUCCCUGCAUCCUAUCCUGGCAUUCUGCCCCUGGAGGCACCAAAGAGUUGGACUGGCAAGCCACCUGGCAGAAGCCAACCCUCUGUGCCCACCACCACCAAAUGGCAGGACAAACCUAUGCAACCUAUGGGGAGUCAAGGGCAGCUAAGACAUACCAGUCAAGGUAUGGGCAUACCCGUGUUGCCUUACCAUGAACCGUCCGAGUCAGUCAGCCACAGUGGCACAAGCACAUUUGGCCUGGACACCAGGUGGUAUGAGCCCCAACCCAGACCUCGGCCUAGCCCUCGGCAAGUCAGGAGGGCUGAACCCAGUUUACAUCAGGUGGUGCUACAACCUUCGAGGCUUUCCCCUCUGACCCAAAGCCCCCUCAGCUCCCGCAACAGCUCCCCGGAGCUGACUGCACGUGCCAGACCGCGACCGGGUCUCAUCCAGCAAGCGGAGAUGUCGGAGAUCACCCUGCAGCCCCCCGCGGCAGUCAGCUUCUCCCGCAAGUCCACCCCAUCGACCGGCUCCCCGGCUCAAAGCAGCAGGGGAGAAAGCCCCAGCUACCGACCUGCCAUGGCCUUCACCUCUUUGGCCACUGGCUACCCCUCCUCUCAGUGCCCCUCCCUUCCCGGGGACAGUAUGGAUGUUUUUGGACAAAUUCCCUCUCCGAGGAGGGCUGGGGAGGAGAUUCUCAGACCUGAGCCUACACCGACAACAUUAUCCACUUCGGGAGAACAUCCAUCUCCAUCCGGGAACGCUGCUGCACCUGAGAGGCUCGAAGCUCUGAAAUACCAGCGGAUAAAGAAGCCCAAAAAGUCAUCCAAGGGCUCCUCAAAAUCCAGAAAACAAUCCAAUGGUUCUGCCUCCCAGGUUCAGCAACUUCCCAACUCUCAGGUACUGUGGCCUGACGAAGCGGUCUCCCUCCGCAAGAAGAAGAGACACUCUCGUCAGGAUCCCUUCGCUCGCCUCUCCGCAUUGAAGGAUGACCUUUGCCACCGGCAGCUCCCUGAGGACCAGACAGCUAUUCUCAACAGCGUGGACCACGAUGAUUCUGGCGGGCAUGCCACCUUACUUUAGCAUAGCACCAGCCAGAGAAGGUUCAAAGGGAGGGGGGAGGAGGGAGAGGAGAUUUCAUGAGCUACAGACACAUGUGGGGAGAGAUGGGGUGUGAGCUUCAGCCUAGGUUCUCAUACCAACAAGCUGAAUGUUUUUGGUAUCACAUCCAGGGAACCCAGCAUCCAGUCUUUGCCCACUGGGAGAGGCUCUCCCCUUCAUAGGACACCUUCCAUUUAGUGCAGAUCAUAGGGGGGUGGGGGUGGGAGGGAGGAAUAUCCUAAAUUAGAGGGAUGGAGGGGAAAAUACCCCAGCCUCACCCACCCCCUGCCAUUUGGAACAGGAAAAGGUGAGGUUGGGGCUUGCAGGGCUCAGCGUGAGAGGGAUUCAAACUCAGUGUUGUCAUAAGAAUCUGUUGCCCCUCGAAUCCCCUCUCUCUGCUACGGCUUCAGUUUUAUGAGUGCUGGAAGAGGGAUGAGAUUUUACAUCCUGGUUUCCAAAAGUAUGUAUAGAUUUAAAAAAAAAAUCGGUGCAGAUGACAAUGUAUAUUUAUACAGUGUGUAUUUAGGUAGGAACAUGGAAGUAAACAAAUGGCCUGAAUUCACAGGAAUCAUUUCGAUUCCAGAGAAAACAAUGAAGUGACACAGAACAAUCCAGAUUGGAACUGAUGAUCCAGUUAAUCUGAUAAUUUUGUAAUGCAUUAUUCUAAAAUUAUCCCAGAAAACGUUACCAGUGCAAAAUCUCAUGGCCUCUCCACCUUUUUGCCUGAGGAUGAUGGGUAACAAAAACACAAAUGAUCUUUUACUUCUGUCCAACCCCUCCUCCCCCCGCCCCCAAAAAAACCCUCCAGAAUAAGUAGAUGUGUGGAAUUGUGCAAGGUCCUGUACAUGCACACUCUCGAAACUUGUUAACUUAUGGUAACCUCUCUUUGCAAACCUGCAAAAAUGGGGGUGGAGGGCGGAAUUUAAAUCCAAGGAUCUUCUAUCUCAAACUAGACUUUGUCAAAUUUGAGGAGGGGGUUUAGGUUGACAAUUUAUUAUUAUUCUUAGUAACAUUCUGUAGUUCACUUUGUAAAAUUAAUGAAGUCUUAGAAUACAAGAUCUCACUACAGGAGUGUUUGCAUUCUUUAACCUUGCUGCAAAGUGAGGGGAGAGAACUGAUUUUUUUUUUCCUGUGUAGUGUGUGAAUGGAAAUGGUUCAACUGGUGUACCCCCCCCUCCCCAAAAUUGUGAACUUCAGUCUGCAUCUUCCAAUCCAUUGCCCCACUGAUUAAUGUAAACAGGGCAAACACAACAACGCCUGAGAGCUUUUGGAAGGUAACUUUUGGUCCCCGUAGCUGAAUAAUUGCUUCUAGCUGCAAGCAGUAGAAACAAAUUCUGUCACCUUGCAUCAGUUCUAAAUGUGUUGCUGAUAUGUCCCCUCCCCUGUUCCAACUCCACCCCAGUUUUAGAAUGAAUGUGAUAGAUGCAUUGGGUUUUAACACUCCCAGGAUUCAGUCUGAGGAGUUAUGUUCUCCUCCUUUUACCAGUGCCAUUCCAAUUCUUCACCAGAGUGUAUUUUCUACUCAGAUUAGUUUGACGGAUUCACAUGUCCAUCAGUUUCUCUCUGGAUUGCAUAAGUCUAUAUACAAGGGGCAACUCUGGUGUAGUGAAUGGAAUGUGAGGCUAGGAGUCAGGAUCCCUGGUUUCUAUUCCUGGUUCUGCCACUGGCUCAUUGUAUGGCCUUGGGCAAGUCACUUAAUCACUCUGUGCCUCAGGUUCCUCAUCUGUAAAAUGGAGAUAAUGAUACUUAAGCUCCUUUGUAAAGCACCUAGAAGUCUACAGAUGAAAAGUGCUAUAUAAAUGCGAAGUAUUAUUAUAUUCCUAUAUUCAAAAAUAUUUUAGGUAUUUUCUAAGUGGCAAGAUCAAACAGUGCAUCCAGGUCUUUGUGUAUUUGUUCCCUUGUGCUGGAGUGCUAAGAUCGUAGCCUGCCUGGGAAUAAACCGGUUAUACUUAAAGUAUUUCAUGUGGGUGUUUUUGCUUUAAGUGAAUUCAGGAUGUAGAAAAAGUCUCAGGUGAAUUGUGGGAGGACCUAGGUACUUCUUUGCACAGAAUCUCCAAGGCACAGGAUUUUCACUUGUAUACUUCCCAAGGUUGAUUUUUUUUCAAGUGGGAUGGCCACAACAUUUUUACCAGUCUUGCUAUGGUUAACACGUGCUUUGACUAUUAUUCUUGCUAAUGGUUGAACCUCAAAGGGCUCAGUGGUUUGGAAAUGCAUCUAAGAGUUUCAGAUGCUUUGUAAAAAUGAACAGUUUAGAUCAAGCAAUAUCAGUGAGUCAAGCUGUUAGGUGAAUUUAAAAAUUUCACCUAGAAAUCUCCCAAGAAGACUUUUUUUUUUAUUAAGGUUUUUGUUUCCAGUCUCAUCAGAUGUUCAGAAACAACAAUAAAAAUUACUGAACACUUUCAAACCUCAAAAUCCUGAUGAGGUUCAAACCACAGCGGAGAGAACUCUGUGAUAAACAGUGGUAUUUUUUUCCAACUUAAAAAAUUCCAUCCAAAAUGAGACAAAUUUGCUCACAAGGGAGAGGAGGAUACUCGGAUAACAAUCCGAAUCUUGAGCACGGAUUGAGGCAUUUUGGCAAGUAUACAGUUGGUGGCUCUGGCUAGGUGGGAAACCAACCCUGCCUGUGGCCUGAAUGCGUAUUUCUUUGGUUACUGUGUGUUUAAAGGGUUGCCCUUGACUUCACUAGGACCUGGAUUGGAUUUCAUGUCACUUGCACACAAGGUGUAAACACUGAGCCCAUAUUCGCACCAGAGAGAAAAACAGAAACUAAUUUCUAGCCGCAGUCCAACAGGACAGCUGUCUUUUUAGAAAGACUUUUUGUCAAUGGGGAAGGAAGCAGUUGGCAGUAGGUACCACCACAAAGUUUUCCAGGAACCUCAGUCUGCAAGGUUCCCAAUCUGUGGAUCUGUACCCAAAUAUGCUAAUGUCACAAGACUCUGGACGCCCUCCAGUUGGUGGCACUGCACAGAGGUAGGCUGUUUACUACUGCUUCCCAUCUAUAGGUGAAACUAGUCCCUGUGCAGAGGGGUAGCACAAUGUCUACGCACCACUCAAGUCUCCCGGAAGCUCUAUUUUGAUGAGGUGCAUAGGCCUUCUGCUGACUCUCUGUACAGGGCAAACUUCACUUCACUUGCAAAGACCCUUCUUUCUUCUGCUCUUGCUUUGUAACCGUCCAUGCAGGAUGUUUACUUUUCGAGCACUUUCUGGGUUAAUCGUGGUAGCUCUUCAUAUUAACAGGGCAGUAUCUUGGGUCUCUUGGGAUGACUGUCUCCAAGACCCUCUCACUGUCCUGACUUAUGUAGCCCUAGAGGACUUAGAUGCAGGGACGAUUGGCAGAAUAUGCCAGCUCACGUGGUCAGUUUUCUACGGGUUUGUUUCUUGUGCAGACACUUUGAGCAGACAGCCCCCUGCUUUCCAUGGCCUUCAACCAUUAGAGACCUGGAGCUGCUGCCUUCUCCAUCUCUUUCAGUUCUGUGAGCCAUAUAGGACCCUGGAAAGGGAAAUCCAGCCAGUGAGCCACAUGGAAGCAUCUUUCCUUUUUCAAACUAUUCUUUAGCCUUUACAGCUGCCUCCUCCCCGUCUCCUUGACCUUAGCUACUAUUGUGGUUAAUGUUUGGGGAAGGGGGAGGUGAUGGGCAUGAAGGGAAAAAAUAUUGUCCCCUUCAACCAUAGCAAAUGUUGCCAGUGCUAUGGCAAAUGGCCUCUCCUUUCAUUCUGGAAACUACUUUCACAACCAUCUGGCUUCAAUGGUCUACAUGGGGGUGUGUGUGGGGGGGUUCUUUUCACCUUGGCAACCUGGGAUGGUUGAGCUGUGCCAAAGGAUGCCAACUGUUCUCCCGUUUCUACCCUGUUGAAAAUGUUUUGCCUUUUUCUUGGUCAGCUGCAAACACAGCUUUUUAUUUAACAUGGCAGAAAAAUUCCUGGGCCAAACUCCUUUUUUGUAAACCUGUCCUAGUAGGAAAUUUUUGCUGUUUCAUCAGUAAAAUUAUGGCCAUCCCCCAUGGAAAUACCUCCCUUUUUAUUGGUUUGCCUGAAAAUCCCAGGCAACAUCCAAAAAAACAAAGUUUCACGGGAACCGUGAGGCACCACCGACAGCAGGAAUGUUUUUCAUCUGGCUCUACAGAGCACUCCUGCUUUGUCAAGAAUGUAAAUACUACAAGAUCAUAACAUCAAAUCCAUAGAUUUUUGCACCUUUUGAGAAGUUGGUUUUCCUGCUGUGUAGAAUAUUUCUGUGUAAGAAUUCUCCCCAUCACAAUCCUUCAGCUCCAUUUCCACAUAAUCUCAGUUGCCAGAUUUUUUUACAUGACAACUUUUCCUAUUGCAGCUAGGUGUUGGUGAUUGAGGCCAUGGGCAACAAUAUGUGGGGGAUGGGAGUGCAGGUGCACUGCUACCGUUUCUGCAAAUCGACAGUGACGUUGUACCGCAGAUAUAGACCAUGAGUGUCAGCCGUGUAAGUACAGCCAACUGACUGAAGCAGGAAAAGUUUGAUUAUGACUUUAAUAUUGUUAGUAGUAGUAGUAGUAUUUGAAUCUGACUAUAUUUUAGACUUCCUUUUAAAACUGGGGGAGAGAGGAGCCAAGCAGAACUUCCUCCCUCACUUUAUUUUGUUAAGCAAAUGUAUAUUAUCUCCCAGGAUUGCACCUGGAUGCCCUGAUGUAACAGUUUUCUCUGCAAAGGGCUAGUUGUCCCUCUCUGAGAAAAGAGGAGAACUGACUAAACUGCUCUGUAAAAGUUGGGGGGUGGUGGGGUCCUCCUGACCUCCUCCGAGCGCAGGCUUCGUAUGGCAUUCCAGCCAGCCCUGCAGGUUUCUUUUGAAAAAUUUAGGCCCAACUCUUUGAAACUCAAAUUUGCCUUGCAAAUCUGUUCUUUGUUGAGAACAUCUUAUGUUUAUAAGCAAAGUGUACUGGUGUGAGGAGGGAGACUUAGUAAGUGGAUUUGGGGGUUUAUACCUGCAUGUAAAGUAGGCACUUGGAGAAAAAUGACUUCGCAGUUAAGGUACCGGACUGGAAUUCUAGAGACCUGGCUUCUGUUCCCAGCUCUGCCAUAGACUGUGAGUGACUUAAUGUCUUUGUGCCUCAGUUUCCCUGCCUGUAAAAUAAAAUAGGAUUUGUAUCCCAAUCUCAAGGAGGAGCUAUGAGGCUUAGUCAUUAAUGUUUGUUAUAUGAUUUGAGAUCUUCAGAUGGAAAAUGCUAUGACCUGUAUAGUCAUCGUAUGUAUAGAUAGUCUCCAGAUACCAUGGUGCUGGAUGCAUUAUAAAUUCACAGGUUAGCAGUGCAACGUAUUUAUCAGAUGUCUAAAUAUCCUUUGUGAGUGCUGACAUACCAGUCAGACGCUGCCCCCAGAUGCAGAAUCGAGCACCUUGUCUUUUACUCCCAGAUUUCUUGGAUCUUCUUUUCACUAAUACAGGAAGUCCUGGUUAUGGGAAUCCAUGAUAAUUUUCCAGUGUCUGGAGCUUGCUACCUGAACAGCAACUGGAAUACCUCCUUGGUCACUUACUUCCAUUCUCCUGUUGUGAGUUUUGGAGGCAGUUCUCAGUAUGUUGAAGGCGCUAUGUCUGUUUGUGAUGUCUCAGUUUAUCUCCGUGGCACUGGACUGUGAUUCAGCCAUACUUUCAGGGAGAAUUGGAGACGAUGAUCCUGUUUCUAGUUAAGUGUGGAGGAAAAGCAGAGUCAGACACUCAUGCAGAUCGCAGGAAAUUGUGUUGUGAUAGCUACUGAACUUCAUAUGUAAUGUAGGCUUGGUAAGUGAAGUUAUCCCUUAUGAAAUGGAACUGAAAGGCGUGGUUUGAGCAUAGUACUGGGAGUCAGGAUUUCUAUUCCCAUCUCUGCCACUGGCUCCCUCUAUGGGCCUUGGGCAAGUAACUUCACCUCUCUGCUUCAGUUUCUCCAUCUGUAAAAUGGGGACAAUAAUAUUAAUUUAACUACCUCUCAGGACUGUCGUGAGGAUUCAUUAGUUACUAUUAGUAAAGUCCUUUGAGGAUAAGAUGCACUAAAAAUGCAUAUUUGAUGGGGUUGUUGUGUUGUACAUUUGAUGGGGCUGGCCAGGGAGGGCUGAAGGACAGAGCCCACCAGUACCACUCCUAAGUCUGCAGGGGGUCAUUCGCUCCUCCUUCUCCUGUUCCAGCCCCUAUCGGCUUGGCAGAGAGCCUGACCUGUAGUCCCAAAUUCAUUAUAGAGGUGAAGCAGGAUUUUUCCAACUUAGUACAACAUAUCAGGAAGUUGCAAGAUUGUCUGGGCAAUAAGCAAAAAUCAUGGCAUUUGUUCAGGGACACUCGUGUGGAUGCAAAAUUCUUGAAGAAAUCGGAUUUCAGAGGCCUAAACGGUGAGAUUCUGGUCCCCAAUGCACUGGUGUGUAAAUUUGGAGUCCCUCCAUUAACUUCAGUAAACAAUAUAACUAAAAAGAAACGUAUCCUAAAAAAUGUACAUUUUGGGAAACUGACCCUGUUUGUUGAGGUCUAAUGACAGUCUCAUAAAAGCAGAAGCUUGAUUUUAAUAAAUAGCCAUCAAUUAACUCUCUGAAACUAUCUAAUGAAUAUGUAAUGCACAGCUUAAUGUAUUAUUUGAGGUGUGCUGAGCUGUACCACUGCAGCGGCUGUGGUGUUAGUUUGAGGGAUUAGUAAGCACACCUAUAUGGGGAUUUGGCAUCUCCUAAAGAGGUUUACAUCGUUUCCCCCUCAGUGAAUAUAUGUGGGUACAUCCAUCUCUUCUGUAAGUCCACUGCAGUCAGUGCUGUUACCCCAGGGGUACAUAUGGCCUGUUCUCCAGACUUGGGUGUAUUUUAUGCCCGGUGACUUUACUUUCAUUCUGAAUUUGCUCUUUAUUUGAGACACAAACCAUUUUUAGAAUUCCUUCUUAUUGUUGGGAAAGGAGGAGAAAGAAAAGUGCCCCCCUCCCCCGGGCUUUAAGGGGUCAGAGAGAUUAAGGAGGGCGGUGGAUGGAGAGAGAGCAUGGACAUGGUUAGUUUUCUCCAGCACAGGUUUGUCUUUGUCCAACGGCUUCUGGACAAGGUGACUGCAUUCGAGUCCCAUACUGCUGCUGUUUUAGAAUCGCUCCCUGGACAGCAUCAGCCUGAGUGGAUUGGUUGGGGUUUUAGAAUUUGUAUUUCUUCAACUUUUUUGUCCUAUGUCCCCAUGAGGCAGCUGAGAUCCCCCUGGAUCAUCCUCGCUGGCUGUCCCGACGUUCAGGGACAGGACCCCCAGUGGCAGGGCUGUGUCUUCCCUCCUCAUGAAUGGUUAUUGGAGUCCCUCCAUAAUGAGUGUUCAGACAUUACUAUGUUAGCUGGGUCUGUUUAUUGGUGACCGUUUCAUUUGUUUUUCCAUUUGUUUGGUGGAAGCUUUCACUGAGCCAGUCGGGGGGUGGGCGGGAGGGAGGGAGCCAGGCCGAUGAUCCCAAUUUAGGAUGAUUAAAUUCGGAAUUAAUUUUUUCCUGGCGAUCACUAGGGCAGAAAUCCUACACUUCUGGCCCAACAGUCCAGAUAGGAGAGACAAAAACUAGUAAAACUUUCUGGCUCGUAAUUAACAGAUGCUCUCAGUAGCCGCUUAGGUGGCUCCCUCUUAUCUGCCCUUUUUAGCUGAAUGGUGAGGGCUCAUAAGCACUAGUGAUAUAAAUAAUAAUACGCUCUUUGAUUUGGCCGCUGCUGUUGGUGCAGUGGAUUUUAAUGCUCAAUGUUAGCUGCUGGGAAACGUAACUAACCCCAGCCCAGGUCAACAGCUGUCCAUUGCUUUUGGAUAGGAGACACCAGCAAAAGGAGGCAGUAUCGCCGUCUGCCAGUACACCGUGCACAGGCGAAGGAGGAAGAGGCACAUGGGUGACUUGUCCCUUUUGUUUUAGUGGUAGGCUAGAACCAAAUCCUUGGAUCCAAACACGUCUGGACUUUGAGACGUUCGGAUCCAAGUCCAAACUCGAUGGCUCAGGCCCGUCUCUACUGGGAUGUGGAGGCUGCAGAAGUGGUUUCCCAGUGAGGAUGGGCCAGUCAACUCCAACUUCCUCUAUUUCCUCACUUCCUGUGAACCUCUUGGGGUUCACCAGUCACUCCAGCCCGGAGCUGGCAGUUGAUCCUUGUAUAGAAAGGAACAUUUCUGAAGAACUGAAAUAGAGAUGUACAUAAGCGCUGUAUAAAUAGGUAGAGAAACGUAGGAAAAGAGGUAGAUGUAGAUGCACAGGAUUCUGAUAUAUUUGCAUGUAAAGGGGAUGUUGAGGGUGACGGGGAGGAUGUUAG